AUGAAAACGUGGUUUACUACCGCCAAAUGGUGGUCUUCCUUGUGGUGGCUCUCCGGAAUCGCCUUUGCUCAUGCCGAUAGUGGCGCAAGAGAUAACCUCAACACUCGUACCGAUUUGCUCGGAGGAUCAAGUGGAGUCCACAAUCAAGGCCAUCGCAACUUGGACGAACCAUUCUGUUUUCAGUCACGAGAAGAGCUAAACAGGGCUUUGGAGAACGUUGCUGAAACCCAACUAAUUUAUGGACCAAUCUUCUCUUGGUGCUUUGAAGAAAUGUCAUUCUACCAGCUGUUGAGUCCAGAGAGAGACUUAUCAGUUACCUCAUUCAAUGAAGAUAUAGGGGGUUGGGAUGUUUCAAAGGUGACUAAUAUGGGUCAAAUGUUCUAUAAGGCUAAUUUUAACCAAGACAUCUCUGCAUGGAAUGUUGGCAGUGUGACAGCCAUGGAAGAAAUGUUCCGUGGUUCUGCUUUUAAUCAAGACAUUUCUGCAUGGGAUGUCGGUAAAGUUGAAAGCAUGCACUCCAUGUUCCGAUGGGCCAGUUCUUUCAAUCAAGAUUUGUCCAACUGGGAUGUGAGCAAAGUGACAAGUACCUACAAAAUGUUCAUGUUCGCUGAAGUGUUUGGACAGGACUUGUGCGCAUGGUCUACAACGUUGCAAACAUCAGCAAACGCCAAUGGGAUGUUUGCGGGAACACAGUGUGAAGGUGGACACGAUGAAACUGGAACACCAAGCAAGAGCUCUAAAGGUGACGCUUGGGUAACAAUGUGUCAUUAUUGCUUAGAACCAUCCGCUGCACCAUCAGUCGCGCCGACAACUAGUACGUCUCCCAGCUACAGCCCAACCAGCAGCCCAACCAACCAACCUAGUCUGGCUCCAAGUCCAGGCCCAAGUGUUUCACCAGCAAACCAUCAACACUGUUUUGUUACUCGCAAUGCACUGGACAAUGCGCUGGACAAUAUUGCCGAUGCUGAGCAAGAGUACGGUCCAUUCUACAACUGGUGCUUUGAAGAAAUGUCAUUCGAUUGGCUUUUCGCAGAGAAGAGUGCAUUUAAUGAAGACAUCGGGGGUUGGGAUGUCAGCAGAGUAACCAGCAUGAACUCCAUGUUCCACAAUGCAGGAUCCUUCAAUAGUGACAUCAGCAGUUGGGAUGUAAGCAGCGUCACCAGUAUGGAAGGAACUUUUUCUUCAUCUGUUUUUAACAGGGAUAUCAGCAGUUGGGAUGUCAGCAAGGUCACAUCAAUGGGUUACAUGUUCAUGUCUUCCUUGUAUGACAGUCCCCUUGGCAGCUGGAACACAAGUCUGGUUCAAAACAUGGAUGGUAUGUUCAGGGAAGCAACAUUCAACCAACCCAUCUCUGCAUGGGAUGUUAGCAGUGUUACAAGCACCGAAGAAAUGUUUUUCAGAUCAGAAUUGUUCAACCAAGACAUCUCAGCGUGGGAUGUUAGCAUUCUGGGAAAUGCUUUUGGCAUGUUUAUGUUUGCUAGCUCAUUUGGGCAGGAUUUGUGUGACUGGCCACUAAAUACUUCAAGUGCAGCUGUAUCAUUGAUGUUCCAGGGUACAAAUUGUUCAAACGCAGGAACACCUCAAAACAGCAAUGGAUAUUGGGUAUCCUUAUGCUUGGAAUGCACCACUCCAACUGAUCCAACUUUGAGUACCAGUCCCAGCAUGUCUCCAACAAGCAGUCCAACCGAGAGUCCAAGUGCAUCACCCAGCACCAAGAGUCCAAGUGCAUCACCCAGCUAUGCAUGCUUCCCUGAUCGUACAACUGUUCUAGACAAACUAGACAACAUGGCUGAUGCUGAAUUAGAGUAUGGCCCUAUCUACAACUGGUGCUUUGAAGAAAUGUCAUUUGAAAGGCUCUUCAGUUCAGGUCGCAAUGCCAACUUCAGUUCUUUUGACCAUGACAUUGGUGGAUGGGAUGUGAGUCAAGUAACAGAUUUUCAGUACAUGUUUCAUGGUGCAGCCGAAUUCAACCAAGACCUUUCAAAUUGGGACACCAGCAAGGUAACAGACAUGAAGUUCAUGUUUUACGAGGCUUCCCUAUUUUCCCAGGAGAUUGGCAGUUGGGAUACAAGUAAUGUGAAUGAUCUUGCAGCCAUGUUCUGGAAUGCCGAGUCAUUCAAUAAGGAUUUGUCCUCCUGGGAUGUGAGCUAUGUCACCCGAAUGGGAAGCAUGUUCCAGGGAGCCAGCAAGUUUGACCAAGAUAUCAGCAGCUGGGAUACCAGCAUAGUAGUCAAUUUCGGCAACAUGUUCAAUGGUGCAACCUCAUUCAACCAGGACCUUUCUGGUUGGGAUGUCAGAAGCGCCACCAACACUGUGAUGAUGUUCAAUGACGCAGAGCAGUUUAACCAGGACAUGUGCGACUGGCAGUCCAAGCUUUCUCUGGAUGCUUUUGUCACAGACAUGUUCUCUGGCACGGACUGCUGGCAUGAGGGCACUCCUUCAACUGAUGGCACUGCUUGGACUGAUCUUUGCACUGCAUGCUACUAA